AAUCUAAUGAGAAGUUAAAAAUUAUCAGUGAAUUCAUGGCUGCUGAUAUGAGAAUUCAAGAGCUUUCAGUAAUUUUACAACAAUAUUCUGAUGUUAAAUACAAAAGCAGAUUGAUUAAUACUCUUGACAUUGCCCAACAAUAUAAAAAAAGAAUCGAUCAAAUUAAUAUAACAGAUGAAAUUG